CCGAGGGAGCGGUAGCCCCGACCGCGGGCACCGCGGGAGCCCCAGUGGCAGCGGCCGCCGCCGAAAUGUCCCGGCGAAAGCAGAGCAAACCCCGGCAGAUCAAACGGCCGCUAGAAGAUGCCAUUGAAGAGGAAGAGGAAGAAUGUCCAUCAGAGGAAACAGACAUCACCUCAAAAGGGGACUUUCCACUGGAGGAAAGCUUUUCCACAGAAUUUGGGCCUGAAAAUCUGAGCUGUGAAGAAGUGGAAUACUUUUGUAACAAAGGUGACGAUGAAGGAGUCCACGAGACAGCAGAAUCAGAUGGGGACACACAGUCAGAGAAACCGGGGCAACCUGGAGUUGAGAUAGACGACUGGGAUGGACCAGGAGAGCUGGAGGUGUUUCAGAAAGAUGGAGAACGAAAAAUUCAGAGUCGGCAGCAACUUCCAGUGGGAACCACCUGGGGGCCGUUCGCUGGGAAGAUGGACCUGAAUAAUAAUUCCUUGAAGACAAAGGCUCAGGUGCCGAUGGUGCUGACUGCUGGUCCCAAGUGGCUACUGGAUGUGACUUGGCAAGGAGUGGAAGACAACAAAAACAACUGCAUUGUGUACAGCAAAGGGGGUCAGCUUUGGUGCACGACUACGAAGGCCAUCUCUGAGGGUGAAGAGCUAAUUGCCUUUGUGGUGGAUUUUGACUCAAGGCUACAAGCUGCCAGUCAGAUGACUCUUACAGAAGGGAUGUACCCGGCGCGCCUGCUGGACUCAAUUCAGCUGCUCCCUCAGCAAGCUGCCAUGGCUUCUAUUUUGCCUACAGCUAUUGUCAAUAAGGAUAUAUUCCCUUGCAAGUCCUGUGGCAUCUGGUAUCGGAGUGAGCGGAAUCUGCAAGCCCAUUUGAUGUACUAUUGCAGUGGGAGACAAAGAGAAGCUGCUCCAGUGUCAGAGGAAAAUGAAGACAGCACUCCUCAGAUUUCCAGUAUGUGCCCCUUCCCACAAUGCACCAAGAGCUUUUCAAAUGCCCGAGCUCUAGAAAUGCACCUGAACUCACACAGUGGAGUGAAAAUGGAAGAAUUCCUCCCCCCUGGUGCUAGUCUAAAAUGCACCGUCUGUAGCUACACUGCUGAUUCUGUGAUCAACUUUCACCAACACCUGUUCUCCCAUCUCACUCAAGCUGCCUUCCGAUGCAAUCACUGCCACUUCGGCUUCCAGACUCAGAGGGAGUUAUUGCAGCACCAAGAGCUCCAUGUCCCUGGCAGCAAACUGCCCAGAGAAAGUGACAUGGAACACUCUCCAAGUGGAACCGAAGACAGCUUACAGCCAGCCACAGACUUGCUGACCAGAAGUGAACUCCCCCAGAGCCAAAAGGCCAUGCAGACUAAAGAUGCGAGCUCUGACACGGAGCUGGACAAGUGUGAGAAAAAGACUCAGCUCUUUCUCACUAACCAGAGACCCGAAAUUCAGUCUGCAACAAAUAAACAAAGCUUUGCUUACACGAAAAUAAAGUCUGAGCCCUCUAGCCCAAGACUCGCCUCAUCACCAGUUCAGCCUAAUAUUGGGCCUUCUUUCCCCGUGGGACCCUUUCUAUCUCAGUUUGCUUUUCCCCAAGAUAUCACCAUGGUCCCUCAAGCUUCAGAGAUCUUAGCCAAGAUGUCUGAACUGGUACAUCGGCGACUGAGGCACGGAAGUAGUAGCUACCCUCCCGUCAUUUACAGCCCCUUGAUGCCCAAAGGGGCUACCUGUUUUGAGUGUAACAUAACGUUCAAUAAUUUGGAUAAUUAUCUAGUGCACAAAAAACAUUACUGCAGCAGCCGAUGGCAGCAGAUGGCCAAGUCCCCAGAGUUCCCUGGUGUUUCGGAAAAGAUGCCUGAGGCCGUGAGUCCCAACGCUGGCCAAACCUCCAUAAACCUUCUCAAUCCAGCCGUUCAUUCUGCUGACACUGAGAAUCCACUUCUUCAAACACCCUGCAUCAAUUCCUCCACUGUUUUAGAUUUAAUUGGACCAAAUGGGAAGGGCCACGACAAGGACUUUUCCAUUCAAGCUAAGAAGCUCUCCACCCCCAACAGCAAUGACGAUAAAAUUAAUGGAAAACCUGUUGAUGUGAAAAAUCCCAGCCUCCCCUUAGUGGAUGGGGAAAGUGACCCAAAUAAGACUACCUGUGAAGCUUGCAACAUUACUUUCAGCCGGCACGAAACGUACAUGGUCCACAAACAGUAUUACUGUGCUACGCGCCACGACCCUCCGCUCAAGAGGUCAGCUUCCAACAAAGUGCCUGCCGUGCAGAGAACCAUGCGUACGCGCAAGCGCAGGAAGAUGUAUGAGAUGUGUCUUCCUGAACAGGAGCAAAGGCCUCCGCUCGUCCAACAGCGAUUUCUCGACGUAGCCAACCUCAGCAGUCCUUGUACCUCCACUCAAGAACCCACGGAAGGGCUGGGAGAGUGCUACCAUCCAAGAUGUGAUAUCUUUCCCGGAAUUGUCUCAAAGCACUUGGAAACGUCCCUCACGAUUAACAAGUGUGUUCCGGUUUCCAAAUGUGACACUACUCAUUCCAGUGUUUCCUGCCUAGAGAUGGACGUGCCCAUAGAUCUCAGCAAAAAGUGUUUAUCCCAGUCUGAGCGGACGACUGCCUCUCCCAAAAGGCUGCUGGACUACCACGAGUGCACUGUGUGCAAGAUCAGUUUCAACAAGGUAGAAAACUACCUGGCCCACAAGCAGAAUUUCUGCCCGGUCACUGCACAUCAGCGUAACGACCUGGCUCCGCUCGACAGCAAAGUGUUUCCGAAUCCAGAAAGCGAACGAAACAGCCCCGAUGUCAGCUAUGAAAGAAGCAUCAUAAAAUGUGAGAAAAAUGGGAAUCUGAAGCAGCCUUCCCCCAACGGAAACUUAUUUUCAUCCCACUUAGCAACUCUGCAGGGCCUGAAAGUCUUCAGUGAAGCCGCUCAGCUCAUUGCGACAAAAGAAGAAAACAAACAUUUGUUUCUUCCACAAUGCCUGUACCCUGGAGCAAUAAAGAAGGCAAAAGGAGCCGACCAGCUCUCUCCUUAUUAUGGAAUAAAGCCAAGUGAUUAUAUUUCUGGUUCUCUUGUCAUCCAUAACGCUGACGUGGACCAAAGCACAAACGCGGAAAAUGAAUCUCCCAAAAGCCAGGCUUCUUCCAAUGGGUGCGCUGUGCCGAAGAAAGAUUCCCUGCCGUUGUUGCCCAAAAAUCGAGGCAUGGUCAUAGUGAAUGGUGGACUGAAGCAAGACGAGCGCCCUGCCGCCAACCCACAGCAAGAGAACAUUGCCCAGAAUCCUCAGCAUGAAGACAGCCGCAAAUCUCCCUCCUGGAUCUCGGAGAACCCAUUAGCCACGAACGAGAACGUCUCCCCAGGAAUUCCCUCCACAGAGGACCAGUUGUCUAGUAUAGCUAAAGGUGUGAAUGGCUCCACCCAGGCUCCAACCAGUGGGAAAUAUUGCCGGCUGUGUGACAUCCAGUUCAACAACCUCUCAAACUUUAUAACUCACAAGAAGUUUUAUUGCUCAUCACAUGCAGCAGAACAUGUCAAAUGAAAUCACAAAAUAA